AAGAAAACUCUCAAAGUCCAGUUAACUGAUAACAAUAAAUGACAUCGUUAGCAGUUCCUUGGCUAGCAAUAAUAGAACAAAAUGAUUAGGACUCCAUAUUCUGGAUGGCGUUAGCCUUGCAACCACCCCUUACCAUUUUGGACAAUUUUGACGACUUUUUGACGACUGAUGCUAUAUGAUGCGGUGUGAUAUAGUAUGAUGCUAAAUGAUAUGAUAUGAUACAAUAGAUGUUUAAAAAAGGGUGUCGCAUGUCUAUUGGUGUAUACUGAACAUGGAAUUAUUUAUUAUUACGCCUAACUAGUAACUUCCUAAUUAUAUUCAAAUAAACCCCCAAAAAUCCCUAAAUUGUCGCUGGGCCCCUGACCACUGAACUAUAUGUAAUAAUUUUCAGGCACAAUCUUGAUUUUGACUAAUUUUUUUUAAUACCCGCAAAUUUUAUCUAAAUACUUCGAGCUCGAUAACGGCAUGAACUGCGAUCAAUCUUUUCUUUGAAGGAAUCUCAAUAUUUGUUGUUUUAUCUAAUAUUCUUUUACAAUGAAAAAGGGAAAAAAAGCUAAAUCAUGUAUAGGUUUAUACUUUAUAGUUGGUCUCUAGCCCAAUAUUAUUUUACAAAACAUUUGUAAACAAUGAUAAACGGGAAUAAAAAAUAAAGAAAUGAAAUGGACUUUCCAUAUUUUAAACGAUAUUUACUCGUUAUAACUCCAGUUAUUUUCACUCGGUCAAAUUCAAGAUGGCGGACAAUAUGCAAUUUAUAGCAUCGUUAUUUGAUCUUGCGACAAAUGUCUUUGUUAGAUACGUAAAGACACUGAAGACUUACUCCGAGUAUAUUCCUGUAACGCUUUACGACUCUUUACUUAAAGCAUCUUUAAAAACGAACCGUUUGUUGUCAACACGGCACAUAUUGCUGUCAUGGCCUUUCAGAGAACUGAGCUUGGUCAAUUGUGAUGAUUUCAAAGAGGAGCAUGCGGUAAUCCUGGCCUACAGCCUUUAUUCUACAUGCAAAAACUUACGUGUAGUUGAUCUAACAGGAUGCAACAUAGGUAUUUAUGGUACAACUUUCAUAUUAACGCUGGUAUUAGGACAAGCUCUUCCUGAUGUUAGCAAGUAUUGCUCCAAGGAAGACACAACCAUGCACUUACCACAACCUAGACUGACCAUUAAAACAGAUUGUUAUAUCUCAAGGAGGAACUAUUCAGAGUUUUUGGAUGUUUUGGAAGGUUAUGGUAGACAUAAUUUCAUUGUAUCUUAUUUUUAUGGCAUUGGCCUUGGUCAAAACGGCAUCAGACGUAUAUUGACGAAACUACAUACGGUUCAGGCUGAAUCUGUACUUGGGUUAGACUUACAGAUGAAUCGUUUGUUAGACAUCAAACAAGACAGAUCUCUCUGGAACUUUUCAAAUCUGCAAUAUCUUGAUUUAUCAUACACAGCUCUUGGACUUCAUACAAUAUGCAGGAUUCUAAAACAUUUAGAAAGUCCUUUAAAACAUUUGCUGUUAAAUGGUAUUCAGUCCCGAAGAAAUUUUCCUCCAUAUUUUGACUUUCAUAAAAUGAUGCAAUUCAGUUGCGUGCAGAGAUUGGAACGCUUUGAAUUGGGAAGUUAUUUCGGUGAAAUUGGACCAGAUUUUUUUGCGUUUCUACGAAACUGUUGUGGGACAUUGUUGGUUCUUAGUUUGAGAAACAACUAUCUCAAAGAUGCAUCAAUAGCAGAUCUUUUAAAACUGCUGGAGCCCCCCUUUAGAGUAAGCACAUUGUACCUUGAUGCAAAUACGUUUUCUAUUGCUGGAGUGAAGUUAUUACGGAAGUGCAAAAACAUUGUACUUUAGGCUUACAGACUCUCAAGGAUUUAGAAUUAACAUGGUAAAUAAAUUGAGUAUGACAUCAUAUUAAUUUAUUUUCUAAAUCUUGAUAUUAUUCAGAAAUUUUGUGGACUAUGGUCCAGUGUCUCAUUGGCACCAAGCAAAGAUGAUAAUCAUCUUUGAACAUUGAAUAAUUUAAUCUCAACAACUGCUAUAAAUUGACUUACGUGAAC